AUGACGACGCUCUUUGCGACCGAAGGAAGCUUCCUCUUGGCGGCCCAGCAAAUCGUCAAGGCAAGAAAGAACCGGAACUUCAAAUCUUACUUUGGUACCAGUCCAAAAGUGAUGGCUGUGGCAUGGAACAUGUUUAUUCAUGGGUGCAAGGAGGCUCUCAAGUUCAAGCAUCUCUUGUGGGCUUGUAUGCACUUGAAGAUCUACAGCACAGAAACGGUGCUUGCUGGCAUGGCAGGAGUGGUCGAAAACACCUUUCGAAAGUUUAUUUGGAUUGUGAUUCCCUUGCUUUGUGGGUUGGUUCCUCGAGUGAUGAAGUUGUCAGGUCGAUUCCUCGCAGACAAAGGCCGGACGUGCAAGUUGACUGUGGACUGCACUGAUUGCAUGCUAUUGGAACCUUCCCCUUUCUCCAAGAAGUGGUACUGCUUCAAGCACAAGUGUGCUGGUUAUCGCUAUGAGGUUGGCGUCUGCAUCCAAACCGGCUACAUUGUCUGGAUCAAUGGUCCUUUCAAAUGUGGCACCUGGAAUGACUUGAGCAUCUUCCGUCGCAAUCUGAAGCAUCGGUUACUUCCUGGUGAGAUGGUGGAGUGCGAUGCUGGCUACCGGGGUGACCCAAAAUGCCGCCACAAGCACGUCUUUCUCACCGAUCGUGAUGCUCGUGCCAAGGCACGUGCCCGGGCCCGCCAUGAGAAUGUCAACAGCGAAAUCAAGAAGUGGAAGUGCACGGCCACACCAUGGCGGCACGAAAGGGCAAAGCACAAGCUGUGCUUUGGGGCGGUGGCCGUGCUUACCCAAAUCGGGUUCCAGGUGCACGGCAUUCCCCACCAUGUCACUUACUAG